AUGAGACAUCCUCCUGGAGAAACAUCCGGCAGUCGAGAAGAUCAAGGAAAGUCGAUGGCGGAAGAAGCUUCGCUAAUGACAGAUGGGGGCUGCGCCGCAGAAGAUACGUUGGAAGCCGUUGAAGCUCUGAGGAUGACCGCGAUGCUGAAUUCCGUUGACAUUUCCGAGCAUGCGUGGACGAGACUGGCAAGAGCACUCCACGGCAGCGGCCCGCGCCUGGUACCAGCCGACGCAGGAAAGAUGCUUAGAAUGUGUUUGACAAAGGCUGCCACCGCCGACGCGAACGCUUCUGACUUGGCCGGGGACACCUGCCAGGCUGCCUUGCACCUGGCUCCAGCAACGAUCGGCGGUCAUGGCAGCGUUGGAUCGGCCUUGGCGAGCACAAGAUGGAUCGCCAUUGUACCAUGUGGACUAAGAGUCGACAUGGGAGCAGCAAGCCACCUCAAACGCGAGCAGAUUGUUCGAUAUGCAGGGCGCCGCUUCUUGGAUAAAUUUACUGAUCUCGAAGCCGUCGAAGUGCCAGUGCUGAAGCCUUCACGCAACCAAACCGAACCAACAACCAAGUACCCAAAAGCGAACGGCAGAUUUAUUCAACUACGGGCAGAUCCAGCCGAUCAAGACCCUGCAGUAUUGAGACGAAGCCGGGCCUGUUAUGCGAUGCAUAUUGAGUUGACAUGGGGUCUGCUUUACCAUGGUUUGCCGAUCGCACGUCUGCUGAGGGGAGAACCAGAAAUCGAGUUGCGCUCUUCAAUAGAGGCAAUCGAUCUGGAUGAUGAGCAGAUUCCCGAGCUCCGAGCGUUCGACGACCAAACCCUUCAACACAGCGUUGAUGCCGCUCUUCAACAACCUCAACUUCGGGCUGCGCUUCGGAGGUCGCUCUCUCUACCGCCGCGUGACGUACUCGUCUACGACAAGUCGAAGUUGGAUGGUCGCGACGGUGUGUAUUACCAGGCGCUGUCAUUGUUCUCCGAUUUACGCAAGAGCACGGACCCGCGAGUUGUUGAGGCAGUCGAAGCCAGCAUCAAGAACAUUAUGGAACUUGCUCAAGACGUGGGAUGCAAGAAUCCGAUCGUGCCGAAGGACUGGGUGCUAUGCAAAUACGGCAUUUCUACAAAUGUUCUGCAUAGGGUUUCCGUGUCUCUACUAGGUGACUACAAGUUUGCAAGGUUCCAGGAGUUUCGGGGCGCUCGGCUUGUGGAAUUUCCACCUACCGACCCAACUGGAAAACCCUGCACGAAACUUACUGCGAUGCGACAAGCGGAAGACUAUCUUGCGCAAACUACUCACCGGAUCGGUUUCAUCAUUCGCGGUGUGAAAGACCACCGAGAACUGUGUCUGGUGCGGAAGUCGCAGAUCGUGAGAGACUUAGCCACUCUGGCAACUAUCCCGGAUGAAGUGAUUUCGCCGGGUCGAUGGAGUGCGUUGUAA